GGGGCGGGCCCCGCUGCUGGGCCCCCCGAGCCUCGGCCCCCCCGGCCCCGCCAUGGUGAACCUGGGGCUGCGGCGGGUGGAGGACAGCGUGGCCGCCAAGCACCCGGCGCUGCAGCAAUACGCCGCCUGCCAGUCCCACGCCUUCAUGAAGGGCAUCGGCACCUUCCUGGCAGGGAGCGGAGCCGCCUUCGCAGUGCAGAAGCUGGUGGGCAAGAAGCUGCCGUACAGCCCGCAGUGGAGCCUGCCGCUGGCGGCGGUCGCAGGGUCCCUCGCCAGCUACGUGGUGACUAGAGCUGAGACGCAGAAAUGCUCCGACUUCUGGAUUUACCUGGAGACAGGCAAGUCGCCACAGGAGCUUGCCAUGGCUAGUAGGGCAUCUGAACCCACAGAAAAUCUGCCCAUCGCAGAGGACAGAGAGAGCACAGCACUGCCGGUGAGGAGGAACAAGUACGGGGAUGUCGUGGAGUAGCCAGCGAAGCGCAGCGCACCAUGCCCAUGGCCUGCUUCACCCCUCCCUGCCUCCCCAGCCCGCCUGUGCGUGUACGGCCCGGGAGGCUGGUGGGCUCUGUGGCACUGCCCAGGAGCUGCAGUGAGAGCAUGGCGGAGGCAUUGUAAGGAUUGCUGUCUCCCAGGUGGCCUCCGAACAUCGCCCAUGGCGGGUAGAAUAAAAGUAAAGAGCUGAAAGUGCUCAUGGGCAAAGUGAA